AUGGCAGCGCCAGUAGGGGGAAGCGCGGCGCAAGGUGGGGAAAGUGGUGCGCAAGCGGUAGGGGGAGGCGGCGAAGCGGCAGCGGACAACAGCGCGCGAUCAGGGAGGAACAAUGCGCGGGCGGUAGGGGGAAUCAGCGUGCGCGCGGCGGGGGGAGGCGGCGCGCGCGCGGUGGUGCGCGUGGUGCGCGCGGACGGGAUGGACGUGGAGGCGCAGCUGCGGCUGGAGGAGAAGCUUCUCAGAAGCGACCCAACCAACAGCAACUGGUUCGUCUUCAAUGCUGACGUGGCAGCACCGACCAUCGUGAUGGGGAUUUCAGGCAAGCCGCACGAACUGCUUCACACCGAGGCUGUCCUCGAGGCUCGGGUGCCGGUGGUCCGCCGGUUCAGUGGCGGAGGUACGGUGGUGCUGGACGGAGGCUCAGUACUGACGAGCCUGAUCUGCCGGCGCGGCGCGGUGCCGAACCUGCCGCUGUAUCCGAGGCCCAUAAUGGAGUGGUCGGAGGGGCUGCUGCAACCCGCCAUGACGAAUGUUCCGGGCUUUGCUCUCAGAGACAAUGACUACGUGGUGGGAGAUCUCAAGGUGGGCGGCAACGCGCAGAGCAUCACAGGCAGCAGCUUUCUACACCACACGUCCUUCCUCUGGGACUUCUGCUCGCACCGCAUGGCGCUGCUGCAGCAGCCCUCGCGUGCUCCUGAGUACAGACAGAUUCCAAUUCCGCCUGCCCUUGCGGGUAGUGUCUCCUCCAGCGCGUGCUCUUGCGCAGAAGUGUUUUCGCCCCCCUCCACUGAUAUGACCGUAGCUUGCCUGGGAUCUGAUCUGCUAGGUGCUCAGCUUCCUUCGUCCCGCCAAUCGCGGGGUUCCGAGAAUAAACGCGUUCCUGCUCCCGGAUCGUUGACAUUGUUCAGGAACCAUUAUCAUUCUUCUCGACUCGUCGCCAAGGCUGCUGCCGCCAUGAGCCCGCUGUCAGGCACACCAGCGGCGAAGACCAUAGUGCUGCCAGCCAAGGCGGGGAAGCAUGCUGCCACUGUGGUGUGGCUGCACGGGCUGGGGGAUACUGGCUAUGGAUGGUCCGAUCUCUGCGAGACAGUCAACCUCCCACAUAUCAAGUGGAUCCUCCCCAGCGCCCCCGUCGCCUCUGUCACGAUCAAUGGCGGCAUGCCAUGCCCAUCAUGGUUUGACCUGUUUGGGCUGGAUGCUAAUGCACGGGACGACGUGAAGGGCAUCGAUGCUGCUGCGAGAUACGUGGCUGGGAUUCUAGAGGAGGAGAAGCGAGCCAAUCCGGAUGUCAAGUUUGCAGUGGGAGGGUUCAGCCAGGGGGGCGCUCUCUCCCUCUACCUCAUGUCUCGGAAGGUUCUGGGAAAGUUUGAGGAUGGUUCCGAUGCCUCCGCUGUGCCGCUCCAUGCCUCUGUUGCUUUCAGCGGAUGGUUGCCCAAGUGCAGUCUGAAGCCCGGAGGCAGUGCAGCAGUGGGGGAUGCAUCGGUGGCAGAGAAGGCGGCCGCCCACCCUUUGCUCAUGGCGCAUGGGGAAGCUGACAGCCUGGUGCCAUUCGCCUUUGGCAAGGGAUCGGCUCAGGUGCUGCAGGAAGCAGGGUUCUCCAACCUCACUUUCAAGUCAUACCGCGGCAUGGCCCACUCUGCUUGUCCCGAAGAGCUGGCAGAUCUCAAAGCCUGGCUGCAAAAGAACGUGCCACCACCCUCUUAA